AUGGCCGCUGGUUUUAAAUCUGUGCCCCUUGCUGCGUCGCAGAAGCCAGGUGCGUCUGUGCUGGUGGCUGGCGCCACUGGGGGCGUGGGACAGCGCCUGACGACGAGGUUGCUUGAGGCUGGUUACCAGGUGCGCAUAGUCACCAGAAAUCCUGAGAAGGCAGCUGACCUGUUUGGUCGUGACAACCCAAACCUCGAGAUCCUUAGCCAUGACUUGGGAAAUUUUGAGGAAGUGCAAGCCUGCAUGGAGGGUAUGGAUGGUGUUUUCUGCCUGGUUGGCACAACGGCAUUCCCCACUGACAGGUGGUCACGAGGGCAGACUGCCGAGCAAAGCUGCGAUGUUGUGCCACAGAACCUGAUAAAGGCAACACCAAAAACCAUCCAGCGGUUUGUAAUGGUGACAUCUGCCGGGGUGGAACGGGUCAAGCAGAUACCAUACAACAUCCUCAACACCUUCAAGGUGCUGACCUACAAGAGGAAGGCAGAGGAGACUCUGAUGGACUCUGGUUUGCCGUUUACCAUCUUUCGACCUGACCGACUGACGGAUGGGCCAUGGACAUCAACGGACCUCAACACGCUGUUGAAGGCAGAUACUAAGGGCACCAAGAAGGGUGUGAAGCUGUCACUGCAGGAUGACCUUGGGCAGGGGCAGGCCUCCAGAAUCACAGUAGCAGAGGCGUGUAUGCAGUGCCUUGCAAUUAAGGACACUGAAAACCGUGCCUACGCAAUAACAAGCACUGAAGACGAAGGGCCCGAAACCGACAGAAAGAAGUGGGAACAGAUGUUUGCUUCCUUGGCCUAG